AUGACAGAUGAGUUUCUGUUUCAAGACAAUAAGAACCAUACUGUCUGUAUAAAUCCAACAAAAGGAACUUUAAACGAGAAACCUAUAAAUGAACUUCUUUUGAAAGCAGAUGUUGACAACAAAGCUGACAAAGAAUAUGUAGACGAUGCAAUAGCAAAAGAAGAAGAAAGAGCUAACAAUGCUUAUGCAACAAAAGAACAUACUCAUCCUGAACUAGCAGACAAAACAUAUGUUGACAAUAAAAUGUCAAGUGAAGUGACAAGAGCUGAAAACGAAUAUUCUAAAAAGACUCAUACACAUUCUAUAUCUGAAAUAACAGACUUACAAGAAACCUUAAACAGUAAAAGUGCCGUUGGACAUACACAUACCAUUGCAAAUAUUACAAACUUACAAGAAACCUUAAACAGUAAAAGUGCCGUUGGACAUACACAUACCAUUGCAAAUAUUACAAACUUACAAGAAACCUUAAACAGGAAAAGUGCCGUUGGACAUACACAUACAUCUUCUGAAAUAACAGACUUAAACGUUAGCCUUGAAAAGAAAGCAGAUAAAACAUAUGUCAACGGAAUAUACCAAAGUUUGAUAGGAACAACAAAAAAUAUUGAAACUAUUGUUGGGGAUGUUUCUAUCUAUGAAGAAAAUAAAUAUUUUAGAUGGGAGUUUGUACAUUCCUUAAAAAAUGGUACACGGUGUAAACUCAUUCCGAAAAAUAACAAUGAAAUGUAUGUAAGCUAUAUAAAGAAUGAUGGAACACAAGUUAAAGUUCCAUUAGACAACAACUGCUACUUAAACUUAUAUGGAGACGAACAAAAGAAAUAUUUAAGAGUUUAUGAAAUGACAGAUAUGACAUUGCCUGACCCAGCUCCAGCACCAUAUUAUUAUGACUAUGGAGAUGACGUCAGAACACCACAUGUAGAUGAACAAAAGCUAACAUUAUAUUUAGAUUUUUAUAGAUAUAAAAUAUAUGCAAUAGAAAAAACGAGAAUAGUAUACUAUUAUGAAGAUGACAGAAAUAAAUAUUAUAGUCAAGAUUUUACCUACCCUGAAAACAUAAGAUUAUAUUAUAAAAAAUAUUCUGACACAAACCAGAAGAAACCUGAAAUAGUUGCACUAUAUUUUAAGUUCAAAAGAGACAAUCCUAUAAUGUCUCAUAUGUUUGAUUUAAUGAACCCAGUAGGUUCUAUUUAUACAUCUAUGGAAGCAAGAGGUCCUCAAGUAAUGUUUGGUGUUGGUGCAUGGGAACAAAUAGUCGACAGGUUUUUGUAUUGUGCAAACUCUUCAAAGGAAACAGGUGGAAGUAAAACGAUUUCAGGUGAAAAUUUACCUGCACACAGUCACUACAUAGAUUUAAGUACAUCUCAAGCAGGUUGGCAUAAGCAUAGAUAUUGGGAUUGGUCAGGAAUGACAAAAGGUCAAGGAUAUGAUGUUAAAGACGACGUUAAGUUUGCUAUAAAUAUUGUUACUGGGAUGACACUCAGGGAGAAGGAAACCAUACACAUUUCGUUUCAGGAUAUACCAAAACGGGACAAAGUAAAGAAUACAUGCACCUUACAUGACAGUUUACGCAUGGUAUAG